AUGUUGUAUCAUGGCAAAAUAAUUGCAAAAAUCUCUUUAGUCAACACCAUCAACUACAACUUACCAGAAGAACACCAGAUGUUCGUUCUGGACAUGAGUUGCAACAAUUCCAAAACCUUCUUAGCAAAUGCAAACAAACAACAGUUUUUUAAGCAACGUUGGGUAAUCUGGAACCACGACACGAUCGACGACUUCAAAUACAUGGACUUUAGAGUUGGAAGCCACGUUUGCACAGUCUCCAAAAUUGGAAUCGAAUACAAAAUCACCUCCUUGUACAGACUCACCUUUAAUUCCACAAACCUGAUCGAAAACGAUUUGGGCACGUGGUCGUAUUUCGGUGGAAUUUCCAUGGCUUAUCACUUCCCCAACGUCAGAAACCGGAGUAACUUGACGGAGUUGCCGUUGGGCGUCUCCUACGUGAUCAUAAAUCCUGACAUAUUGAACCAUUUGAGCGAUUACAGGGACAAGCACGUAGACUCAAUCACAAAGAACAACUACAUUCUGACAAACCAUGUGAUUGAGACCAUGAACGCCACGAUUGUUCCCACUUACAAACCUUCGUGGGGUUACUACAACCAAACCACCAAAAGUUACGAUUUGCAAAGUGGGCUAGCGGAAAUUGGUGGUACUCCUUCUUUCAUAACCAUCGAUAGGUUAAAAAUUGUGGAUUACACAGUCUCCACCACCAAAACCUACUUAAGAUUUAUAUACAGAGAUCCACCUUUGACUUACGUCACCAACAUGUUCACACUACCAUUUGAUACGUAUGUUUGGUACGCUUGCUUAGUUGUUUUUGGUGUCGUUAUGGUCGCUACUUAUGUUAUAGUUUAUUUAGAGUGGAAGGAUCCGAAUUUUAAUGAAACCUUGAACUAUCACGACUUCAUUGCACCUUUAAAACCGGACGUUUCUGAAAUUUGUAUAGCUGGGGUGGGAUUUAUCACCCAACAGGGAACGGAGUGCGAGCCUAAAAGUAAUGGUGGAAGAAUCGCCACGUUUUUCUCCAUGUUAAGUUUUAUAUUUUUGUACUCGGCUUACUCAGCAAACAUUGUUGCUUUGCUACAAUCUACAACUGAUAGUAUUCGCACAUUGGAAGACAUUUACAACUCGAGGAUGAAGCUGGGAACCGAAGACAUUGUCUAUGCUCACUAUUUCUUUGAAGUCAGUUACAGUCCACUGAGGAAACAGAUUUAUGAUCAAAAAAUUGCACCCAAAGGCCAAAAGUCGAAUUUCAUGAAGAUAGAGGAAGGCAUUGCGAGGAUGAAAUCGGAAUUCUUUGCUUUUCACGUGGAACCUUCGCGUGGUUAUAAAGUUGUGGCUGACACGUUUAAGGAGAACGAAAAAUGUGGUAUCAGGGAAUUCAACUUUUUUCCCUAUGUUGUUUCUCCUUGGUCGUUGGCCAGGAAAAAUACUACUUACAGGGAAAUAAUCAAAACCAAUAUGAAACGAAUUGCAGAGUCUGGACUUCAACAAAGAGAAUAUGUGAAGAUAUACACCAAAAAGCCGGUGUGUCAAAGCCAGAGUAGUAAUUUUGGAAGUGUUGGACUUAUUGAUUGUUAUGCGUUGUUCUUGAUUUUUGGUAUUGGUAUAGCUGUUUCUGUCAUCCUUCUUAUUAUUGAGAUUAUAUUUAAAAGACUUAUAGGAAACUUUACUAACGAAGAAGUUAGACCUUCUACUAUAAAACUUGAUGAUGUCGUUAAGUCGUUUAAAGAUCUACCAGUUGUGGAGUAUAUCGAAUAA